GGCACAGUGUGUUUGUGACCCGGAACAAUCGCAGGAUGUGACGUCCGCGGAAAGCGGUCUAUCGGCGCAGCGGAGCAAAGAUCGAGUCUGGCGGACGCGCGGCUUCACCUUGAGGACGACGAGGCGGCGGCGGCGGCGUGAGUGGAGAAGGUUUAUACAUCUGGAUCUUAACUGAGGUCUUGAUUCAGAAUAUGGGAGCAUCCACUUCAACACCAUCGAUUGAUGUGCAAACAGCCUCUACUGCACCACAGGCAAAGACCACUUUGACCGAAUGUCCGAUGCAUAAAGCCAAGAACGAAGCAGGUUGUCCAAUGCAUCAGGCAACUGCAGCAGCCACUUCAGCAGAGAAUUCAUCGCAUCCAAUUCCAUCACAUCAGGAGAGGGCAUAUGAAUACGUGGAGUGCCCCAUGAGAACGGGUGACAGACCAGAAGCAGACACAAUUGAUCCCAGUAAUAUGAUGCCACCACCUAACCAGCAGCCAGCACCAGAUCAACCAUUCCCCCUUUCUGUAUCCAGAGAAGAAUCUUCCAUUCCUCGAUCUAACUCGGAGAAGCAUUGGGUAUAUCCUUCUGAACAGAUGUUUUGGAAUGCCAUGCUUAAGAAAGGAUGGCGUUGGCAUAAAGAUGACUUAGCACCUCAUGAUAUGACAAAUAUCAUCAAGAUCCAUAAUCAGAACAAUGAACAAGCCUGGAAUGAAAUACUCAAGUGGGAAGCACUCCAUGCCAAAGAAUGUCCCUGUGGGCCUACACUAGUUCGCUUUGGGGGGAAAGCAAACGAGUAUUCACCACGAGCUCGAAUUCGUUCUUUAAUGGGGUAUGAACUACCCUUUGAUCGGCAUGAUUGGAUUGUGAAUCGUUGCGGGAAAGACGUCCGAUAUGUAAUUGACUACUAUGAUGGAGGCGAGGUUGACAAGACAACUUACCAGUUUACUGCUCUGGAUGUGCGUCCUGCACUGGAUUCACUUACUGCAGUGUGGGACAGGAUGAAAGUGGCAUGGUGGCGCUUGACAUCGUGAACUUUACUUGAAUUGUAUUAUUCACUGCACUUGCACCUAUGCAUUACAAUUUUAAAAUUAAAAUGGAACUAACCAUG